AUGAGCGCGAAUACCACAAAAAGAAAGCGUGCAACAGCAGCGCAAGUACCAGUGUUAACACCACAAACGAGUGUACUAUAUAGUCUUCUUGAUUGUUAUGAUUUUUUGGCAUCAAAUGAAUAUUCCGAAAAAACAAUUGGUAUACAAGCAUUUGUAACAAGGAAAUCCAUAUGUGAUAUAAAUUUUUCUGAUAUUAUUGAUGAUAGUGAAAAACGUAAUCGACAGGGACAAGCUACUAAUUUUUCUGGACUAUUGGAAGAUAAACGUAGUAAUUUACCGUUGAUUGAUGCAUCUGUUGAAAAAUGUUUAAUGCUUACUCGUUUAAUAUCUUAUAUUAAAGAGAACGAAUCACGUUUUACAUCAAUUAUAUCUGACAUAAGACUUGAAAUGCAAUAUAAAAUGGCAGAUAAUCAAAAUGCUCAAAAUCCUUGUGAUUUUCGAAAACGUGAACGAGAAUUCAAUGAUCGAAAAUAUGCACAAGAAAUACGACGUCUUUUUUAUCAUAGUCAUGAUGAAGUUAAGCAACCUCAAAAUUUGAUAUAUGUAACCACUGAACAAUUAACACAUAUUGUUACUCAAAUGUCUCGUGAUUCAAAAUCUCGUCAAGCGUAUAUCAAUGAAUUAGAGGCAACGUUUCGAACUUCAUUUUUAAUUGUUGCUCAACCUCAUUCUGGUGUAAAUCCGGUGACAAUAUAUGAACGAAAAGGUCCUGGUGAAUAUACAGCUAAAAUUUCUGUUACUAUCAUUUCAUUGUUACAUGAUUUUAUCCAAACACAUCCAAAUUUAAUAGAACUUUUCGAUAUCGAACCAAGUUUAUCACCAUCAUCACCUUAUUAUAAACUUGAAGAACCUCGAUCACUUUCUUGGAAAACAUGUCAAUUACAAACAGCUCCAGGUGGUAAAUCACGAACAUUUCUUUAUGCUGAAUUAUCUGCUAUUACUAUUGAACAAUCAUCAAAAACUGAUACACGUGUUCGAUUUGCUCAAUUAUUACAUUCAUUUAAAUUUGCAAUUAAACUUCAACUUAAUUUAGCCGAUAAUAAAAUGUCACCAAUAUAUCAUAUUCUUUUGGAAUCAUUACAGUUUGGUAUUGGAGCUCAUAAUAAUCAAAUUCCACAAUUAUUAACACGUGUUAUACUUGAUGAUAUUCAAAGAUUUUCAAAAAUUCGGCCAGCUGAUGUUAGAACUGUUCUAAAUUAUAUGCAACGUUAUUUUAUUCAUCGAACAGGUGUUCGACCUAAUGGAUGUGUUAGUAUUAAUCUUGAACAAGAAUUAAUUAAAGCGACAAAUCAAAGAAGUGAUUCUCAAUCAAUAGAAGAUAUUUAUUUGGAUUUUCUUGUCAAUUUUGUACAUCAAGUAGAAUUUAUGGCUAAGCAUCCACUUCUAGCUAUGUUUCAUGCCGAUGGUCUUUUUCUUGGCAUAUGUAACAGUGAACGAGCAGCUGAAGCUAUUGUACAAUCGUCUAUGUCUGGUUCACCAAUAAUUUCACUUCGUUUUAAUUCGAUUCGAAUUGAUUAUACUACUAUUUCAGCAUCUUCAACAGGUAACAGAUCAAUCAAAUUUCCUGCAUGUGCUAUUCGUGUUGAUAUUUAUAAUGAUCGUACAAAAAAAUUACAAAAUCGUACAUUUGAUUCUGCUACAUUAGUAACUGAUAUUAGCAAAUUUGUAUCAUCAGCUCAUACAGAAAAUGCUAAUCGUAUACAUGUUCUAUCAGAUUUUGAUGAUAGAACAAAUGAGAAAGCCUAUUUAUCAUUUGGUGAAUUUUCAAAAUAUCAUCAUAAACGAUUACAAGAAAUAUUGAAAAAUGAUGAAAAAUAUAAACCAGUUACAGAUCUUAUCGACAAUGCUAAUGAUGGAAAUACUGAUGAAGAUGGCUCUGAUAAUAAUAGUCAAAUUUCAAAUGAUUUUUUUCCAUUCAGUCCAAAUUCAUUAGCAUCAUUACUUCCAAUGACAUCAAAUGCAUUCGAUAAUGAACAGAGUUCUGAUGAAAUCAGUGUUCAUGAUUAUACAUCUAUAGCGUAUGAAAGUCAAAAUAACAGCAUUGCAUCACCACAGAAUAUUUUAUCUCCAUCUGGUCCAUCACAACAGCAAUCACAACAAACUACAUACGUAAAUAAUCAAGAUGCUAUAUUAAAAUAUAUUCUUUCUCAACCGAAUGUUGCCGAAGAAGUUAUCCGUCGAUAUGGUGUUUACAAUGCAGCAUCGCCAGUAGGACCAUCACAACAAUUGUUACAACAACCACAUCCACAAUAUCAAACACAACCGUUAUCAUAUCAGCCGCCCAGUCCAAUCAUUGUUUCGCAACAACGAACAUCUCCACAAGUAUCCUUUCAACAACCACAACAUCAACCAUUAUAUUAUCAACAACAGCCACAGAUUUAUCAAAAACAAGAACCACAAAUGCAAUUUCAACAAGGAAAUCUACAACAACAACCACAAAUUUAUCAAAAACAAGAACCACAGAUGCAAUUUCAACAAGGAAAUCUACAACAAUAUCCACAAGCACAGUUUCAAGAUGUUCCACGGCGAACAUCACCUUCGGUAAUUCAUUACCUACCAAUUAAUAAUACAACUCCACCACCAUCAUCACUACCACAACCAGCGCAACAAUUACAGUUUUCCACAACAAAUAGUAACGAAAAUAUACCACAAGUAGUUUUGAAUCGAAUUCGUGAUUGGAAUUUAUCGAAUGGAAAUAUAAAUCAACCAACUGCAAACUCUAUUCAACAACAAACACCAUCGAAUGAGGUAGAAAAUUAA